AUCACACAGUGCUGACACAGUGCAGGCCACGGGACAUCCACCUCCCUCUCUUCGGGUCCAGUUCCGAAUGUUCAUCAAGGCUGCCGGGACCUCGCCUGCCGCCCGCCUGGUCCCUCUGGCUUCCCAUAGGCCCCAGCCCUCACCCCACCCCCAGCCCCACGCACACUCUCUUGCUCCUUCCCGACAUAGCUCCACCUAGUUCCCCGCCUCUGACCCCGCCCCGCCCGCCUCCGCUGGGGCGGCCUAGGGCCACCGGUCGCUGGAGGACCCUGAGCAAGCUAUGGCUUCCGGCGGCCCGCGGGUGCUGGUGGUGGGCGGCGGCAUCGCUGGACUGGGCGCUGCGCAGAGACUCUGCAGCCAUCCGGCUGCUCCACACCUGCGGGUCCUGGAGGCCACUGCCGGCGCUGGCGGCCGCAUCCGCUCGGAACGCUGCUUCGGUAACCGCCCCUUGGGCCCCUUGACUGACCCCGGACCCCAUCCGACUGGUGGUGUAGUGGAGCUGGGUGCACACUGGAUCCAUGGGCCCUCCCAGGGCAAUCCUGUCUUCCAGCUGGCUGCGAAGUUCGGGCUCCUGGGGGAGAAAGAGUUAUCAGAGGAGAACCAGCUGGUGGAGACAGGAGGGCACGUGGCCCUGCCCUCUGUGAGCUAUACCAGCUCUGGAACAUGUGUGAUCCCGGAGCUGGUGACAGAGAUGGGCAAUCUGUACUAUGGACUAAUAGACCGAACCAGAGAGUUCCUGAAUGCCCCUGAGACCCCAGUGGCCAGCGUUGGAGAGUUCCUGAAGAAGGAGCUAAGUCAGCAGGUGGCUAACUGGACUGAGGAUGAGGACACCAAGAAACUCAAGCUGGCUAUCCUGAAUGCCUUCUUCAAUACAGAGUGUUGCGUGAGCGGCACCCAUAGCAUGGACCUGGUGGCCCUUGCACCAUUCGGGGAGUAUACAGUGCUGCCGGGACUGGAUUGCACCUUGGCUGGGUAUGGGUCACAGCUCUGCCAGUCUGCCCAUCCUGUCUGGGCAGAGGCACUAGGCUGGAGAAAGGAGGGAAAAAGGAGAGAGAGGAGGCCCGGAGCGGGCAGUGGUUACCAAGGACUUACCAACUGCAUACUGGCUUCCCUGCCCAAGGAUUCGAUGGUUUUUGACAAGCCGGUGAAGACCAUUCAUUGGAAUGGGUCCUUCCAGGAAGCUGCUUUUCCAGGGGAGACCUUCCCUGUGUUGGUGGAGUGUGAAGAUGGUACCCGCCUGCCUGCUCAUCAUGUCAUCGUCACCGUGCCCUUAGGUUUUCUCAAAGAACAUCAAGAUACCUUCUUUGAGCCACCACUGCCUGCCCAAAAGGCAGAAGCCAUCAAAAAAUUAGGCUUUGGUACCAACAACAAAAUCUUUUUGGAGUUUGAGGAGCCCUUCUGGGAGCCCGACUGCCAGUUCAUCCAGGUGGUAUGGGAGGACACAUCACCCCUACAGGACACAGCCCUCUCACUCCAAGACACCUGGUUCAAGAAACUCAUUGGCUUUGUGGUCCUGCCUCCUUUUGAGUCUUCACAUGUGCUCUGUGGGUUCAUUGCUGGCCUUGAGUCGGAGUUUAUGGAGACUCUGUCAGAUGAAGAAGUGCUUCUUUCUCUAACCGAAGUACUCCGGAGAGUGACAGGAAACCCACAAAUGCCAGCGGCCAAGAGUGUGAUGAGGUCUCGUUGGCACAGUGCCCCAUACACCCUAGGUUCCUACAGCUAUGUGGCUGUUGGCAGUACUGGCGAUGACCUAGAUCUGCUGGCUCAGCCCCUCCCUGCUGAUGAAACUGGUACCCAGCUCCAGAUACUCUUCGCUGGGGAAGCCACACAUCGGACAUUUUAUUCCACCACACAUGGGGCCCUCCUGUCUGGCUGGAGGGAAGCUGAUCGCCUCAUUGGUCUGUGGGACUCACAGGUGCAGCAGCCCUGGCCCAGGCUGUGAGUGUCUGCUGCUCUGCUCUGCUGUCAUGGGGGCCGACCGAACUCCUCCAUCUGUUGGGUACAUGAUUUUCUGUCUGGUUUGAGGUUUGGGGAUCUUACUGGUAGCUUUAAUGUUGGAGAAGUGGUCCCAUUUCUCUUAUCUGUUGUUGGAGCCUGGCUUGGUCUGAUCAUGGAUGCCCUGCUGUGUUGUUGCACACAUAAAGCAGUGAAUACCGCC